GAGGAUAAUCGUUGCAGAGGAUAGACUCUAUAUCGCUCUGAGAGGCAAUCUGACAGAUAAAGAAAGGAAUGCUCAAAAUGCCAUCAACACAAACUUUUUUCUCUCUCUUUUGUAACAAACAACUGUCAAACUCAAGGUGAUAUGUGAUCAAGAGAGUCCAGCCAUGCAGCUGAAUGAGACUGGAGUUCAAACACUGGCUCCAGAGCCAUGUGAGCAGCAAAUACUUCAGGAGGACAAUGCUGGAAAUUGUAGUGGAGGCUCCACCAGCAACCUGUCGCUGCAUUGCUGGCUGCAGCUCCUCAGCAGGGAAUCUAUCAUGGAAUUUCAAGGAGACAGCUCUAGUGUGGGGGUGCGUGUGAUGAUAGCAUGUGUCUACUCCAUAGUCUGUGCUCUUGGGCUGGUAGGAAACACACUGGCUCUGUAUCUGCUGCACUCACGUAACAGGCAGAAUCAAUCAUCCAUCAACUGCUUUGUGAUGGGACUGGCUAUCACAGAUCUACAGUUUGUUCUGACCUUGCCUUUCUGGGCAGUGGACACAGCCCUGGACUUCCGCUGGCCAUUUGGUCGUGUGAUGUGUAAAAUCAUCAGCUCUGUCACCACCAUGAACAUGUAUGCCAGCGUUUUCUUCCUCACAGCUAUGAGUGUGGCACGCUAUUAUUCUAUCUCUUCUGCACUCAAGAUGCACAGCAGGCAAGCAGCAGCGGCCAGGGCCAAGUGGACAAGCCUGGGCAUUUGGGUUGUAUCUCUGCUGGCCACAUUGCCUCAUGCCAUCUACUCCACAAGCGCCCAGGUAUCAGAUGAGGAACUUUGCCUUGUGCGCUUCCCAGACUCAGGCACCUGGGAUCCACAGCUUCUUUUGGGUCUAUACCAGCUGCAAAAGGUCCUGCUGGGCUUCCUUAUUCCUCUGAUCAUAAUAACUGUUUGCUACCUGCUUCUACUGCGCUUCAUUCUCAGCCGACGUAUUGCAGGUGCUGCGGGCCCAGAGGUGGAGCAGGGCCGGCAAAAUCGUCGUUCCAAGGUGACCAAAUCCAUUGUCAUCGUAGUUCUGUCCUUCUUUCUGUGCUGGCUUCCCAAUCAGGCGCUGACACUCUGGGGAGUGCUCAUAAAAUUUGACCUUGUGCCCUUCAGUAAUGCUUUCUACAACGCACAGGCCUAUGCCUUCCCCCUGACUGUGUGUUUGGCACACACCAACAGCUGCCUCAACCCUGUGCUCUACUGCCUGAUACGCCGGGAGUUUCGAGCAGGUCUCAAAGAGAUUCUCUUCCGCACCACACCAUCUUUCAGGAGCCUGACUCAUCUGCUACGUCGCAAGGCCAAAGUUGCGGAGGCACCACCUGUUCUGGUGCUGGUACAGAUGGAUGUCUGACUGGAUGACUGAUUUUCUGUGAUGGAGGAGUUGAAUGACUUAUAAAGUGAAGAAGUGAGAGCAGCUUAUAGUAAUUUAUUUGGAGGUGUUUAUCAUCAAAUGUUGUCAAUACAGAAAAUCUUAAAUCUUCUUGGCUUUAAGAAACAACAUAAUCAUAAUGGACCACCCACUGGGACAUGCCCCACUUUCACUGCGUGCUCCAAGAAGCCCUCUGCCUCAGAUGUUUUACUUGUUGUACAGUGACUCUCCCUUUCUCGCACUAUCUCUGUUUCUCUCUCUGCCGCUGAUAGUCAAUACUUGUGAUGCUCCCAGGUAAUGUGUCAUGAAUAUGUAUAAGUGUCAAUCAUAAAUCAAUUUUAAAUACUGGAGCUCAGUUAAAUGUUAAUAUUAAUGUAACUUCAAUUAUCAUGUGCUACACUACCAACUUAAUGAAUGUGAUUAAUCAUUUUUUCAUGCUCAUGGAAGGCUGAAAACAGUGCAUGAGUAUGUCAGUGAUAAGCUCUUGACUGACUUGGAAAUAGAAUAAUGGGGUGGUGCCCCAGUUGGAUGGCUGCUAUGUGUUUGUAUUUGCUCUUUAGUGCAGUUGUUUGCAUUGUCUCAUACAGUAAAAUGAAAAUGAAAAAAAU